AUGUCGUUGUGCAUUUUUGAUGGCUGCUUUCGACAACGCCUUCUGAACUUGACCAAGUGCGAUUUCCACAAGAGCCGCAGCCUCUGCAAGGCGCCUGCUUGCCGCAACCAAGUGUACGCACGACAGCUCUGCGUCACCCACGGCGGCCGCCGGCCUUGCAUCCAUGCGGACUGCCCGGCGAAUGCUCGCAUCGGCCCCUACUGCUGCCGCCACGGGCCCAAGUCGGGAAAGAAGCUUUGCCGCGAGCCUGGUUGCGCCAACAUCCAGCACACAAAAGGCAAGUGCAUUCGCCACGGCGGUGGGCGGCAAUGCCGCAAGGACCAUUGUGAAACCCAUGCGCGCGUCGGUGGCUUCUGCUGGCGCCACCGCACGCCGGACAGGGCGAAAGGAAACACUCGGGUGGCCUCGCCAGUUCGGUCGCCUGUCGAGUACGAGUGCACAUAUUCUACGCUCGAAGCCAUCGACUGCUCGAUUCUAACGGCGCUUCUCGCGGAGACGGACGGCACAGACUUCCAGGGGCAUUUAAUGCUGGAAGACUACUUUGAUGCCUGCAGGCACCUUGGGCAGGCUCGCGAUCGAGUACGGACCUGCUAG